CCUGAGUGUGUGUGCGAGGCGCGCGCGCGUGUGUAUGAGAGAGAAAGACACGAGUAGUGAAUCCUUUGAACAAAAUUUGUUGGGAUUCAAAACAUUGUGUUGCAUAAUUAAAAGGGCGGUUCGUCGUUUUAAAGGGAAAACAAGUAACUCUUUUUUUUUUACUUUUCUUCUGAAAACCCCGCUCCGGAAGUGCUUAUGUCGUCGUAGCACACUUGACACUGCCGUCUGGUGUCCAUUUCUGUAAAAAUGGCAGGUCUACUACAAUUUAAAAUUGUUGUUGUGUCGACUGUUUUGUUUGUCGUUUGCACGAAUUCUGUGUGGUGUAAUAACGGCAGGAGGGUUGGCGAUACCAUGGACACUGAAUUCAGUGGCGUUUCCGUGCCUCUUGAACACUCAUUUGAAGUCGAUGAUGUAGCAAAGUUUCGAGUACGCGGAGCUCUGGUGCUGAAAGUUGGAAGGGAGCCCAGCGUCUCACUGACUCAGAACCAGCUGUCAGAGGAAGACAGAACCAAGCUGAAGGAGGUGGCUGCAGUGGACGGCCUGUACAGGAUCAGAGUGCCUCGUGUCUUCCUGCAGGCCGACAGACAGACAGAGCGGCAGAUGGAAGGUUACCUCACAGCGUUUGUCAGAGCUUGUGCCAUGGUCGAGUCCCAUCUGAGCGACGUCAUCACCCUUCACAUGGACGUCUCUGGGUACCUGAUUGGUGUCUCCAUAGUGACGUUACCUGGAGCCUGUUGGGGCUCUGAGGUUGAAGAUGAAGUUGAUCUUGAGGUUUUCAACACCACACUCAGCAUCAUAGCUCCUGUUAAUGCACCAGGACCUGAGACGGCUCUGUUCCUUGAACGCAUGGAACAGGAAUCUGAGAAGAAAGGGAAGAAUCCACAAGAGCAGAAAUCUUUCUUUGCUAAAUAUUGGAUGUACAUCGUGCCUCUCGUUCUCUUCCUGAUGAUGUCGGGCGCUCAGGACCAAUCAGGUGGCGGAGCUGGGGGUGGAGCAGGCAGCGGAGGCGGCCGGUGAUCAACCACAUCAACAGCUGCUCCUUUUUUUUCGUUUCUGUAUUUCCUGAAAGAUAAUUCUCUUGAUCAGUUUUUAAAUGCUGUACAUAAUGCUGUUUAAUGAGGAUAAAUGUCACACACACACACACACACACACACACACAAUGAGAACGUGUCCAGUGAAGAGGAGAUAUUGUGCCCUGCAGGUGACUGCAUUUUUAAUAAUAAUGUGAGAAUAAAGUAUUUAUUACUUAA